ACCCCACGUGCAAUAAUUUUCUUGACGAGGAGGAGGAGGAGGAGACGGCGUCAUCUUCUCUUCCCUCCUGUCAUCCGGUCUCCUACUCCUUUUCGAUUCUUCCGCUAAUCAUCAGCCGAUCCUUCCCCCCCUCCCCCCUCUCCUCCGUGUUCCCUGCGCAAUCCGUGCCCUCCUCGGCCCUGCCAUUUCGUCUCGGCCCCGUGGAACCCUCCUCAAUCCGUACCUGUUUCCUAGAUCCGCGUGGAGGCGGCGAGAGGCCGAGUCCGUCAGGACUCAGGAGGGCGCGCGCGCCCCCGCCGUCAAAAUCCAAUCUUGGCGGCGGCUGGCUCCGCGUGGUCUUCUUCUUCUUCUUCUUCUUCCCGCGUCCUGUUGCGGGCGAUAAGGGAAAGAGGAGGAGGAGGAGGAGGAGGAGGAUGGUGCCGUGGGAAGGCUACGCGAGCGACGAGACGAUGGGCACCUUCGCCCCCAUCCUGCUCUACUGGGUCUACGCCGGCGGCUACCAGCUCGUCCUGCACCGCCGCCCGCUCCAGCGCUACAGGCUCCACACAAGGGCAGAGGAGGAGGACAAGAACCUCGUCACCCUCCCCGCGGUCGUGCGUGGGGUGCUCCUGCAGCAGCUCGUGCAGGCCAUCGUCGCCAUGAUCCUCUUCAUGAUUACUUCAGAUAGUUCAACUGUUCUAGUCCAACCAUCUAUGGUGGUUCAGUCGUUUCAGUUCUUGGUUGCAAUGCUGGUGAUGGACACCUGGCAAUAUUUUGUGCACCGCUACAUGCAUCAGAACAAAUUCCUCUACCGACAUAUCCACUCACAACAUCACCGGCUGAUCGUUCCUUACGCUAUCGGGGCUCUCUACAACCACCCACUGGAGGGGCUCCUUCUGGACACUUUAGGGGGUGCUAUGUCCUUCUUGGUCUCCGGUAUGACGCCGAGGACUGCCGUAUUCUUCUUCUGUUUCGCUGUGCUCAAGACGGUCGAUGAUCACUGCGGACUUUGGUUGCCAUAUAACAUUUUCCAGCACCUGUUCCAAAAUAACACGGCGUACCAUGAUAUCCACCAUCAGCUCCAAGGCACGAAGUACAAUUACUCUCAGCCGUUCUUCUCCAUAUGGGACAGAAUCCUAGGAACCCACAUGGCCUACGACCUAGUGAGCCGCAAGGAAGGGGGGCUCGAAGCCAGGCCAUUGCGAGACUAGCUUGAAACUCAUCGAAGUGUAUAGAACUCCGGUGACUCAGCGGGAUAUACGAUGCUGUUUCACUUCCCAUCGUGUGAUUGGUAGCUCACAGGAGCCAUCUAACUUCUUGUAAGAUGAUGAAGGUAUCCCAGUACUCCCGGUUUCUUGUGCAAGGCCGCCGUUUGAUUACAUCGCUGUGCAGAUAGUGUAUUCGAAAAUCAGUCACGCUUCUGUAUGUAUCCAAUUAUUUAUGUAGCUGAAUCUUUGGGCAUGACUAUGACAUUCGGACCCGUAUUUGGCUACCACUGUAUAGUUUCUGUCUGAUUAAUCACAUAUCAAUCAGGUUUGAUGGUAUUCAUUAUGCGCCCAUUGUUGAGAUGUAUGUAAUCUUGAUGAGAAUUCAGGUCCAGUCUGUUACAUGUUUUAGAAAUAGAAAUCAUGAAAGAAAUGGGGGAAAAA